CCCCGCUUUGUGUCCCCCCCCGCCCCUCCCGGGGCUGCGGCGCUGCCGUUCCCGGCCGGGGCCGCCGGGGGCGCCCAUCGCCCCCCCGCCCCCCCGCCCCCCCGCUGCCGGUGCCGCUGCGAGCGCGGGGACCCGCCGGCGGAGCCAGGCCGCUGUCAUGGGGGGGGCAGAGCCAUGAGCUGAGACCCCCCCGCCCCGCCCCCGCCGGGACCGCUGCCCGCCCCGAGCCCCCGGCAGGAUGCGGGGCGCCCCCCGGCCGCUGUGCCUGCUGCUGCUGGGCUCGGCCGCGCUGGCCGCCCUCCUGCUGCACCUCUGGGCGCCCAAGGGCCCCCCCAGCGUGGACCUGCGCCGGCCGCCCCCCCAGCGCCUGCUGCCCCCCCCGCUGCCCCCCCCCGCCCGCUCCUACCCCCACGUCCCCUUCCGCCUCAAGGAGGAAGUGAUGGAGCUGCUGCCCAGGAACGGCUGCUCGUGCGAGGGGGGGGCGGCGGGGCUGGCGCUGCCCCUGCAGCGGCAGCUGUUCGGGACGGGCCCCCCCGUGGACUUCGCCAGCGCGUUCCCCCCCGGCGAGCGGCUCCGCGCCCAGCGGCUGCGCCAGCAGGAGUUCCAGAGCUACCGCCUGCGGGUGCAGUCCCCGGCCGACCGGCUGCUCAUCGUCCCGGCCAACUCGCCGCUGGAGUACCCGGCGCAGGGCGUGGAGGUGCGGCCGCUGCAGACCGUGCUGGUGCCCGGGCUCAGCCUGCAGGCAGCGGGAAGGAAGAGCUACGAGGUGAACCUGACGGCGUCGCUGGGGACGCUGGCGGUGGCGGGCGUGGUGGAGGGCGUGGUGCUGCGGGGGGAGGGGCAGCCCCACCUGUCUCUGGCCGCCGCCCGCCUGGACCACCUGAACCGGCAGCUGCAGUUCGUCACCUACACCAACACGCUGUUCCACCCCGACACGGCUGACAUCGUUCAGUUCUCCACCCCCGGCCACGUCGCCGCCUUCACCAUCCGCAUCCGGCACCCGCCGCCCCCCCGGCUGUACGGACACCCCCCCGGGGACGGCGACGGUGACGGGGACACGGACGGGGACGGCGAGAGAGCGUACAACGUCACCGCGCUGGUCACCAUCGCCACCAAGACGUUCCUGCGGUACGAGAAGCUGCGCGGCCUCAUCGCCAGCGUGCGCCGGUUCUACCCCGACGUCACCAUCGUGGUGGCCGAUGACAGCCAGCGCCCCGAGCCCCUGCGCGGCCCCCACCUCGAGCACUACCUCAUGCCCUUCGGAAAGGGCUGGUUCGCCGGGAGGAAUUUGGCCAUCUCGCAGGUGACCACCAAGUACGUGCUGUGGGUGGACGACGAUUUCAUCUUCACCCCCCGCACGCGCCUGGAGAAGCUGGUGGACGUGCUGGAGAGAACCAGCCUGGACCUGGUGGGCGGCGCGGUGCGGGAGAUCACGGGCUUCACCACCACGUACCGGCAGCGGCUGAGCGUGCGGGGGGGCGGCGCGGGGGGGGACUGCCUGCGCACCCAGCCCGGCUUCCACCACCGCCUGGCCGGCUUCCCCGCCUGCGUCGUCACCGACGGCGUCGUCAACUUCUUCCUGGCGCGGACCGACAAGGUCCGGCAGGUCGGGUUCGAUCCCCGCCUGCGCCGGGUCGCGCAUCUCGAAUUCUUCAUCGACGGGCUGGGGGUGCUGCACGUGGGCUCGUGCGAGGACGUGGUGGUGGAUCACGCGUCCAAGCUGGCGCUGCCGUGGCGGCGGCCGGAGGGCGAGCGGCAGUACGCGCGGUACCGCUACCCGCCCCCCCGCGACGACAGCCUGCGCGCCAAGCAGCGCCUCUUCUUCUUCAAGAACCGCUUCAAGUGCAUGGCCGGAAACUAGCGACCCCCGGGACAGCGCGGAGGGGACAGAGCUGGGCCCCCCACGGGACACCCGGGAGGGACACCCCUAUGGGUCACCCCCACGGGACACCCCCAUGGGACACCCCCUAGGGGUCACCGAGGCUCAGUCCUGGGGGACACCCCCAUGGGCCACCAUGGGCCACCCCAUGGCCCCCCCGGGACUGCAGCCAACCUGGAGCACCCCCGCCCCCCCCCUCCCCCGGCGUUUUUAGCUCUUUUGUACUUUGGGGUGUGGGGGGGACGCAGACCCCCCCAGGGGACCCAGGUGUCCGGGUGUCCCCCCUCCUUUUUGAUUCCCCCCCCAGUUUUCUACUGUACAGCCCCCCCCCUCGUGCUGUCGCCAGGAUUUUUGUGCCAAGUCUCGGCCCCGCCCCCCCGGGACCCCCCCGCGGCCGGGCUGGGGGAGGGGCUGGGGGAGGGGCUGCCCCCCCGCCCCCCCCGCCCUUUUCUACC